CAAAAGCACAAGGUUGUUAUAUGAAUGACUUUCUUACCAUCCCCAGUUAAAGAAGUAACCUCCGCCCAGGUCAUGCAUUGCCGUAAUGGGUGUAGAGCCUUCGUCAUAAUUGAUCAGUCUUUCCAGUUGUCCACACAGUUGUAAACCCAUUAGUUUGGCAAACUGCUUCGCAUCUAACUCGACAUGCUUGGACGCUAAACUCGGAACCCACUGACCCUCCUGAUUUUUAUCAAACUCCCCAAUAAUGUAUCGCAAACGGUUGUUCAUCAAGUAAACUGCAAUGAAUUUUUCUCCUCCAAAUUUAAUUACCGGCCCACCUUCGUACUGAAAUGCAACCUGCCCCUGGGUAAACCCACGCCGAGCUAAGCUAACUGCAUCGGUUUUGGGCUUAUACGAGUCCGCGGUGACCUUACGUUUCUUAGUACCAGUAAUAGUUAAUGCCCUAACAGGCUGAAGUGAUGCCGGAAUAGUCGACAACGAUGGUGAUGACGACAAGGCAGCCAAAAGGUCACUGUUAUCACCUGAUACACUAUCUACGCUUCGCAUUGCAGCCAUUGCGGUGAAAAUUUAAAAAUACUCACAAAUAACGGUAACACGCUACGAUAACGCUUUAAACUCAAAGCAGACAAACAGAAUAAUGGACAACUAAAUCAAAGUGGAGGCAGGAAUACGCAAACUCUAUGCACUAACAUCAGAAACACGAGCCGACCUACUCAUUUUAUAGCCAACUAAAUAGGUUAAAACAGCAGCAUGUUUAUUCUUGCUUUUGUUUUUAGUCAUCGGGUGGACACCCUUUAUACAAUGCAUCAGCUAAAGUACUAGCAUUGUUUGCUUCCGUUAUCUCGGGCAUCGCCUCAAACUCACGUUGGUCAGACGAAAGUCCAUAGAAAGCUCCAUAUAAUGCGCCUGCCAUGAACGUACGACCAUCCGUGUCACCUCCAAGGGCAAUGCAGCUCUGGACCAUUCGCUUCCAAGGUGACAUGAUGUUAUAUCCAGACCACCACUGCAGGUUUCCACCCACGAAUGCCAUGACCAUAGCCAGCGGAACAAAGUCCUGUGCGGCGCGCGAGUUAACAUUCGGAUACAGUCGGAUAAUGUCUGCCGGCGAACGCAGUACGCUAUGGUUUACGUAUAACGCAUUGGCAGCUAUCAUGUUCUCUCCAAAUGGUGGUUCGAGAGUUGAAGCAUAAUCCUCUAGCCGUUUCAAAAAGGUCGUCACUGAAGCUGUGCGGGCGCUAUCACACGCUUCCUGUAAACCAAAGGCAAACAGCACAGCUCCAUCAAUCCCCAAACGAUGCGCAUGUGUGAUGGCUACACACUUCUCGACUUCUCUCCGGAGGAAGCAACUAGGUUCGCGGCAGUAGUACAAAGCCACCGCUGCAGCCAUCACUGCUCCGUGAUACCCGUGAGAGCCCUGCCCACCGUGCGCACUUCUUGCAGGCCCACAAACGUAAGCUUCGUCAUCUCGUCGAAGAGCAAAGUUGCUCUCGCUGCUUGUAGCAUUCCAUCGCCGAUGAAACUCUUUCAAUAAACGCUCCAUGUGCUUACUACCCCCAAAGUAGUUGGAUGAUCCUAACGCUUUACCCAGUCCAUCGGCUAUAUAGUCACGCUCGACUGUAUAGCAACCUACAGUUACUUCGAGAACCACCAGAGCAACUGUUCCACUAAACCCACAACGCACAUAACAAGGAUCCUUGGCCACAUCAGCACACCGCUCAUGAACUUCUCUCAAGGUUGGUAAAUGGCUUCUGUAGAAGGGUGUAUUGAACAGACGACCAAAGCUGCUGGCAACAACACUCCCCACGAGGCAACCUUUUAACCUAUCGUGCAAUCCACCUUGCCAGUCACCUUGCCAGAUAAUGUGCUGAAUGGCAUCCAUUGUUCCGGGCGAUGGUGGUGGCGAUGUCGAUGUUGAUGAUAAACGAACAUUUUCGGGUUCACAUCCAGACAUGUUCUAUCGACUACUAUAUAAACUGCAGCAAAACUGACAAAACUUCAGUUGCACGUUUCGUUUUCCCUAACUGUUUCUUAGCUGUCUAAAUUGCGUCCGUUUAUAUAUCCUGCAUUACCAUGGACCCUGCUGAGGAAAGGCGUCGAGCGAUAUGCGUUGUCAUUACGAUUGCUUUUUUUGGUAGUCUGCUAGCACUUGUUCUGAUUUUAUCGGGCAUUACUUUUGGAACCGUCACCACUUUUCUACCCUAUCGGCCAUCAGCCGCCGCCAGUAUCGACGAAGCCAACACCACCCUGGACUUUACUUUCAAUAACGACACAAUGCCAACAUUCAAGUUCAUGAUCAAAGGGCUAUGGCACAUCUUGGAUUUCAUAUGUCCGUUUCUUCCGGCGAAUAGUACUACCAUAUGUGACGGAAAGGGACUCGGGCUGAACGUUACCAUGAGCGCUAUCGGAGGCGGUCUCAUCUUGGAGAGACCUCCUGCCCAGAUGCCGUAACGUAGCUGUAAGAUUUUGGACCAGUACUACAGAAGCGCGUAAUGAAGUCGUCCUCGGCCAGCUCAUUACUUAACAUCCCCAGAGUGGACCCGGUUUCAAACGGCUCAUCACCUGGAC